AUGUCAGUGCCAAAAGCGGUAACCCCGAGCUACACUCGGGCUUACCAUGCGGCGCUGCAUAGGGAUUCCCUGCAGAGCUUACCUUGUUGCUUGCUCCCGCGAUGUGUCCCCUGCAGCGUCCCCGGCUAUCUCCUCCGGCCGAUGCCGGCAUCCGGCUUCUGUGUUCCGGUCCCUGUGACGUCGGGAUGUACGGGCGCCGCCGGCGGCAGGAAAUUUGAACAUUUUUAAAAAUGUCAUUUAUAUUGUCCCUAUUGCUUUGUCCUGUGCCCUGCCUGUAUUUUGUCUGUUCUUUCUG